GAGAAAAUCGAUCGAUAAUAGUGUUGCACUGCACUGUCUCAACCUGCAUAACCUUGCAUUCUGCAUACAAGUUGACCACGAUUGCCAAACAACAUUAUGUCUGGGCAACACGAUGAGGACGACUUUGCGCCAACCACCACUCCCGGUUACAAGAUCGGUGCUGCAAAGUCGGUCGACGAGUAUGCCAAGUUAGAUGCAGAAGAUGAGAGUUUAGCUCGGUGGAAGGCCAGUCUUGGUAUCGUGCCGGGCGCAGCUUCUGGUCCUGCAACUGGACCUCAGGUGUCUGUCUUGACCCUCGAGCUUGCUUCUCCUACUCUGCCGGCUGGUAAGAAGCUCGCAAUGAACAUUAACGACCCCGCGGCGCUCGCAGAAAUCAAGAAGCAUCCGUUCGUUAUCAAGGAGGGCGUCGAAUACAAUGUCCGAAUCACAUUCAAAGUGAACCAUGGCAUCUGUUCGGGCGUCCGCUAUUUGCAAGUGGUGAAGCGAGCCGGCGUGAAGAUGGAUAAGAUGGAGCAGAUGUUGGGCUCUUACGGUCCUCAUCCUCAGGGAGAGGCCUACACCAAGAACUUCGAACCUGAGGAAUCUCCAUCUGGCAUGCUCGCUCGAUCUGGUACUUAUAAUGUCCGCAGCCGGGUUGUGGACGACGACGGUCAGGUAUAUGCAGACUGGGAGUGGUCGUUCAAGCUUGGAAAAGACUGGUCUUGAUCUGGGACAUUUGCAUACCCCCUCAAGUCUUCUUCUGCAUUCAUCGGUUGCUUUUAUGCAUUUAUGUUUCAUUGGAUAUGUCAGAUUGCGCAGCGUAUAUAUCUUCAACAAAUCAGCAUGGUCGGAAUAGAAUGGAAUACAUCAUCUCUACAUAU